AUGCCGAAGUAUUGUGUUGAAUUUGUAGACGGUGUUUCUAUAGUAACAUCUCGUAAUAAUUCUGAUUGUUUAGAAUCUAAAACUGAAGAUAACACCAUACAGAAUAACUGUACUUUACCGAUUAAAACUGAUCCCAUUUCACCAUUUCAUGAUUUAAACAAAUCAUCCACUUCGUUACACAGUGAAGAAGAUAAGCCAAUUACAACAACAAAAACAACUACUUGUACUACUACAAGCACAAAAACAAAGAUACAAAAUAUUAUUUAUCCUAAGAAUUCACAUGAAAUACCAAUGGGAAAGACAGCGUGUUAUAUGCCAGAUAGUUUAAAAUCAACUUGUGAAUAUCACUAUCAAAAACCUAUAUUCAAUAGACAAUUACCAACAGUUGAAAAAUACUCUACAAAUUGUCGAAAAUUUGUUAUUUCACGUGCAGUAAAAUAUGAAGAUGAAUAA